GGUAGCAAUUCCUCAGAGGAAUUUAUCAGCCCCUUUCAAAUAAGAGAUGCCCCUUCGCAAAGUUGAGGCAGAUGUUGAUGAAGCAACGGAUGAAGAAGCCAACAUCAACACAGGAGAUGAUGGAUCCUCAUGUGGUUCUGCAUUGUGCGGGAUUCUUCUGACAUUCAUCUCAAUGCUCCUGAUCAUUGCAACCUUCCCUCUCAGCAUCUGGACCUGCAUAAAGAUUGUUGCAGAGUACGAGAGAGCCGUGAUCUUCCGCUUGGGCCGAAUCGUAGCAGGAGCUAAAGGGCCCGGUAUCUUGUGGGUUAUUCCAUGUGUGGACACUUUUCGAAAAGUUGAUAUGAGAACAAUCUCCUUCAACAUUCCUCCUCAGGAGGUACUUACCAAAGACUCGGUGACCAUAAUGGUGGAUGCAGUGGUGUAUUAUCGUGUCUUCAAUCCAAUCGUGAAUCUCACACAAGUGGAGGACGCCAACGUUGCCACGCAGAUGAUCGCCCAGACCACCCUGAGAAAUAUGCUGGGCACCAAGAGCCUGGCCGAGCUCCUGAUGGACCGCGAGGAGAUGGCCGAACAGAUGGAGGUGGUGCUGUAUGACGCCUCCAAGCACUGGGGCAUCAAGGUGGAGAGAGUGGAGCUGAAGGACGUCAAGCUGCCCCAGAGUCUCCAGAGAGCCAUGGCUGCAGAAGCAGAGGCGUCACGGGAGGCCAGGGCCAAGGUUAUUGCCGCCGAGGGCGAGAUGAACGCCUCUAGGGCCCUGAAGGAGGCGGCGGAGGUGAUGUCCGAGUCGCCCGCCGCCCUGCAGCUGCGCUACCUGCAGACGCUGUCGGAGAUCGCUGGCGAGAAGAACUCCACGGUCGUCUUCCCCAUUCCCCUGGACAUGAUAGGGACCUUCAUGAGGAAAUGAUCGCUGAGAUGAUUCACUAACGAAUGAGAU